CUUUGUCUAGUGAAGAUGAACUAAACGAAUUAAAUGAAUCAAACGAAUUAAAUAAAUCAAAUGAAUUAAAUGAAUCAAACGAAUUAAAUAUAUCAAAUAUAUCAGAAAAUAUAUAUGACCUAGAAAGCGAAUCGAGUUUGAGUUCUCCUGAUCAAACUCCAUCACAAAAUAGCAGUGUUACUGUUACCAAUAGUUUGGGCAAAAGAAUUCGAAAAAAAAAAGUUACCCAUUCCAAAAGACCAAAAUCAAAGGAACCAAAUGAAGAUGGUAUUAAAAAAGCCUGCACUCAUGAAUAUGAAUCAACAACUGGAACGGGUAAUUUAAAAGCUUACCUUCGUCAACUUCACAGAAUUUUGCCCCCUGAAGAAAAUAAUAAUAAUAAUCAAUUAGCUAAGACA